AUCACCACCCUAUCACCACGAACUCAUUUUGACAUCCGGCGCGGAGCGACGCACAUUUCUGUACUAUUGUGUUCCUCUUUUGUCGAAAUAUUGUCACCUUCCUUAUUAAUUUACUAUUAGUCACUAUUCUAUGAUUUCAACCAUUGUUUAAAAUUAUUAUUAUUAGUUUGCCAUACUCCUUCACUUCCUUAAUCCGUUAUGGUCACUCAAGACCUUUUUCUUCUAUUAUUAUUAUUAUUGCUCACUUCGUGUGCAGCUCAAAUUGAUGGGCUCCGAGACAAACGGCAAACUGGUAGCGGACGUGUUGGAGAUGCUUGUGCGUUCAAUACUGACUGCUUAGCUGGGAUGUUUUGCAAUGGAGGUCUCUGCUCCUGUCUAACAACUUACAUCGCAGCUGAAGGCUACUGUUACCAAAAAAUAGAUCCAGGACAGCCUGGAUGUGUGUACAACGAGCAAUGUGCAUCAGUUUGGCCUGAUGCAUUCUGUGACACUUCUGCAGGAGUUGGAACGUGCCGAUGUGGAGAGAAUAAAGUUGAAAGAGCUACCAGAGAUGGGCAUGUUUGUUUGGAUGUUCUUGAUGCAAAUCACAAUACUCUAGCUAUCACUUGUCCGCUACCAGAAGGUGCUGGUUAUACAUCAGCUUUAUCUGAUCCAAAGCAUCCACGACAAAAUGAUGGGCCGGGACCAGUGUUGUGCAAUACAGAUAGUACUAAUACAAAUCAGGGUGACGAGCAGGCAGGUGACGGAAACUCAGCUUGCCUCUUCCCAUCAAAUGGCCAAUACAUUGCUGAUCAAUAUGAUUGUGUGGAGUUUGUCUCUAGUUUAGACCUUACAUCCUCUGGAUACAGUGAAAAAGCAAAUGGUAUCUGUUGCCCUAAUCGUGCAUUCACCUGUGUUCAACCAACUGCUACUGGACCAAAUCCAACGGAACCUCGAUGGUGGUACAACUCGAUUACUGGAAUGUGCCAACAGUUUUUAUGGGAUCCAUCGGCUUCUGGCUCAGGAGAGCAUUCACCAAACAACUUUAGAACCGUUGAGCAUUGUGAAAGCUUUUGCAGAGAUACGUGCUCUCGUGGAGCUCCGGAAUACAUCCACCGUACUUCGUUCCUCGAGCAGACUCCAAUUACCGGAUGCUCACAAACCAGUGCAUGCUCCCAUAACUAUGAGUGCAAAUCUGUUGGAAGUACUCAAUGGUGUUGUCCUACGGUAGCUUCUGUUUGUGGUCCAGUUGGAGGCCGUCCACUCGAUCCUUCCGUUAAUAAUCGCGGUACCGUUUAUCAUUCUGGUGUCGAAAAGCAAGGAACAGCUACAUCGACAAGAUUUUUCUAUGAUCCACAAUCCGGAAAAUGCAGUCCAUUCACAUAUUUGGGAGCUGGUGGUAACUAUAACAAUUUCCUAUCAAGAAUUGAUUGUGAACUUUAUUGUGCAAGAUUACAAUGUGAUCGUGGAAACCCACUUCGAAUCGGUGACGUCACUCAAUCAUGUGCAUCUAAUAAUGACUGUCCAUCAUCUCACGAAUGUAAAAUGGAUCAAGCUGUUUGCUGCCCAAGAAUGCAAACAAUCUGUACUCAACCACUUCGGGUUGGAAACUGUGAUAGAUCGGUAAGAAGGUAUUGGUAUUCAGCGGCAACAAGAGAAUGUCAAUCAUUUGAAUACACCGGAUGCCAAGGAAAUGACAAUAACUUUGAAACUCUGGUUGAUUGUCAGACAUUCUGCAGAAAUGCUGCACCGGAGCCACGAUGCCCUCAAGGCCAAGCAUACAAGGAUAACCAAGGAAAGUUUGUAACCUGCACUACGAAUCGUCAAUCUUCAUCCUGCCCAGCAAACUUUGAGUGUUAUUUUGAUGGAAACAUGCAUGGAUGCUGCCCCACCAAGGCAUUCACUUGCUCCCUCUCUCCAAGUCCUGGAAAAACUUGUGGACCAGGUGUUUCUUUCAAAUAUCACUAUAACCCACAGACGCAAGAGUGUGAAUCCUUCGAAUAUCUUGGAUGUGACGGAAAUUCCAACACCUUUGCAAGUCGUGCAGAAUGUGAAAAUUACUGUGGCGUUGGUGGAUGUGCAAACGGGGGAAGUCCACUGAGAGAUAGUAAUGGAGCACUGCAAUCGUGUUCUGAAAGAGAUGGUGGAUGCCCAUCUUCUCAUGAAUGCUAUGGCGUCAGUUUGGGACCAGAUAUGAUGUCCUACAGAUGUUGUCCAACUAAAACCUACAUCUGCGGUCUUCCACCUCAACAAGGAUCCUCAUUAUGUUCUGGAGGGCUCACCGUUGUCACAAGAUACUAUUUCAAUAUUGUCACACGUAAAUGCUCUCCAUUCGUUUAUAAUGGUUGUGAUGGCAAUCCGAACAACUUUGCUUCCCUGAAUCAAUGUAACAACUUCUGCAUGGCAUCUGCUUGUAAUGCUGGAGAUGUUGUAUAUUUGAAUCCAAACACAGCUCUUCCAAUUUCAUGCAAUGACGAACUUCAGAACAAUUGUCCAAAAAGUUUUCAAUGUAUUUAUGACAGUUUGACAGAUCAGAGUGUUUGUUGUGGAGCAACUGAUAUGGGAGUUUGUCCAGACAAUGAGAAGGCUUACAUAAAUUCAAUGGAUGGAACAGUUCGAGAAUGUUUGAUCAAUGAGCACAACUCUUGUCCGAAAGAUUAUUUGUGCAGAUUCAAUGCCAUUAAAAAUCGAUAUUUCUGCUGCGGAUCAAUGAGCAAAGCUAAUUACUGUCCGACGGGACGUGCCCCAUUCAAAGACCAAACAAGUCUUCAGCCGACCAGAUGCACAAUGCAUGCUGCCACGUCAUCUUGUCCAGACGGCUUCGAAUGUUUGAGUGAUCUCAAGGAUGCUCUUCAGGGAUACUGCUGCUCUGUCUCUGAAAUUUGUCCGCAUCGUGAAGAAUACUUUAUUGAUGAAACUUCUGGAAUGCCACGUUCGUGUACUAUCGGACAUUUUGUCACUUGCCCUGCUGGAUUCCAGUGUAUGGCGCAGAUUGAUGGAUCAAUGGGAUAUUGUUGCAAAGGUCAACCCCAAUUGACAGCUUCUGAUGGUUGCCCACCUGGAGAAAUAGUUUAUAUGGAGAGAAAUGAAGUUGCAACAUGUGAUCCAUUCAAUCCUCAUAAUCAAGGAUGUCCUGGAACAUUCUCAUGUCAAUGGUCCAUUAGAACUCAAAGAUAUCAAUGUUGUGGAAGUGAUCCAUUGCCAACUCCCAUGGAGAAUGACGGUUGCCCAACUCGCCAGAUUGCAUACACCGACCCAGACACUAAAAAACCAAAAAUAUGUACAUCUGCAAGUUUAUCGUGCCCAGCUGGAUAUUUCUGUCAAUUCUCGAAUCAAAACAAACAAUUCCAAUGUUGUGGAAUGCCAAGCGACUGUCCAGUACAAAUGGUUGCAUUUAUUGGAAUAACUGGAGAAGCCCAAGCGUGUUCAAUGAACGGAGGAAGUGCCUGUCCUGAUGGAUUCUCGUGUGUUCGUGGAAAGAGUGGAGCUGAGUUAUGUUGUGCUGGUGGAGAAACAUGCGAAGCUUCCCAAGUCCCUGUGAAUGGAGUGUGUCUGAAUAGAGUUUUAAUUGGAGAACAGUGUGAAGAAACACCUCAAUGUGUUGGUGAAUCACAUUGCAUCGCAAUGAAAUGUUCAUGUCCAACUGGAACAAUUGAACAGAAGCAACAGUGUAUGGAUGUCUCAAUUGAACGGGAAAUAAAAUGCACUGAUAAACAAGUUAAAGUAGAAGACGAAUGUUUCCCGUUGGUAACACUUGGAAGAAGUUGUGUACAUUCUGCUCAAUGUCAGGGAAUGGGUCAAUGUAUUGAUGGAGUAUGUGAUUGUGACGAGUCAUCAGUUAGAAAAGGCCAUCGUUGCGAUAAGAAACAAUCUGUGAGACCUUCUCUACCAAUGAAUGUUAACAAGUUUGCAACGGGUUCUCCUCAUGUCAUGAAACAGAUUCAACCUCCGAUGUCUUCUACAUCAUCAGCAGUCAUCACGACAACAAGUUCCAAUUGGCAGCCACAACCUGGUCAUGCUGAAAUCAUGAAUGAAGGUAUCUGCCCAGCACCGAGACAACCUUACCUGGCAAAUGGAAUCGCAAGGCAAUGCAUCAGUGGACAACCAUGUCCAGUUGGGUAUUCAUGUACUUGGAGUCCACAAGCGAAAAAUUAUUUCUGUUGUGCAGCAAACAAACUAGUCAUGAGGACCUAUGUUCUCAAGGACGUUUGUGACGGUGGUGAAGCUUUGUUGUUCCCGGCAACAAAAGCACCAGUGAUUUGUACUCGAUAUGCAACAUGCCCUCCAGGAUAUUUCUGUAGAAGGUCGCCAAAAACAAAACAGACACAUUGUUGCAAAAAACGACAACCUUUGAAUAUGCAGAGCUAUAUUAUUCAGAUAAAAGAUAUCACAUCUAAAAGACCUGAACCUCUCCGAAUGGCUCAUUCGAUAGCAUCAGCAGCCGUUCAGAUGGCUUCACAAUAUAUGCACCCAGGACGAAGGCGUCAAAAACCACAGCCAGUUCAGAAAACCAAGCCAGUGAAAAACGUGAAGCCAACGAAAACCACACUUCCCUGCCCACCAAAUCAAGUGCUUCUAGAGAUGGAAGUGAAUCGAAAAAUAAUCAAACGUUGUCAAGCCACGUGUCCUGUCUCAAUGCGUUCGGUCAACGGAGUGUGCAAAAUCGAGCGUCGACCACCAGUAGUCACCCAAUAACUUUUUCAUUCAUUUCCCGUGCCAAUCGUCUUUCAUAAGUAUUCUUUCUCUCUAUAUGAGUAACCGAAUGAUCGUCAAAAAGCUUUUAAUUUGAAAAGCCAUCCAGUUGCUCUAUUUUUCACAUCUUUCUCAUUGUUGUUGCGCCACUUUUUAGAAAUUUUUGGUGGUGGAGAGACGCUCAUUUGUUUUCAACGAACCACAAUAUGUGGUCACAAAAAUCAAAAUAAAUAAGUUUAUUAAAUU